AUGGAUAAGUUGAAACACGACAUUGAAGCGUUGAGACAUAAUAUUACAAAAAUUAACGAAAACAUAAGCCUUGCGGAAAAGGCUAUGAAUUCUGUCAUUUCUCAAAUCCAAACAGUGUUACAAGAUGCUCGAGGCAGCUCAAAUCGAGCAAUGCAAGACUUGAAAUUGGAUUUGCAAAAACGAGCGAAGGACGCAUUCAACGACUUGCAGGACGGCGUACAGACCCUUUUCGCAAAUCAAAAGAAAGCCGAAUUAAAAGCCUUACAAGAGACUGUUUCGACCCAAAUCCCAAUCAUCCAAAAACUCAUGGAUGAUGACGCCAACGCGGGCCUGAAAGGCCUGAUGAAAAAAUUGCAUAAACGUUUCCAGGCGUCUACCUUCAAUGGCCUAACUCAUCUGACAUUGCAAUCGCUUGCAAACAGAUUUAAUGAAUUUUUUAGAGAUUACUUUAAUGAUCUCCAAUCCCAACCCGACCUCUCCCCCUCCCGUCUCAUCCCCCUCACCGACGCCCUCUACGCCCUCCUGUCCACAAUGAACACCCAACGCCACUUCGACGCCACCGUCUCCCGCAAGCUCGCCGACCUCCAAACGCAGCUCGACACCCUCGCCCCCUCUGGUUUCGCCGAGGCCUCCCCGCUGCUCAACGUCGUCAAGCGCGGCGUCCAGGCGUUCCACGGGGAGCUCGCGAAGCAGUACGUCAGCAGGUACUCGGGGCAAAAUUAUGCUGGUCAGUUGGUGAAGGAGAAAACAUCGCCUGAUACUAAAGCACCUAAAUUGCUUGCAAAUCCUGCUGACAACACCGAAAUAACCGAGUACGGGAGGAAGUGCGCGAAGGUGUUCCUCACCUCCCUGGCGACGCUGAGUAAUGACUUUAAGCAUCUGAGUGAUUCUUGUAAAGAAUCGCGAUUUAAUCAAAUACACACGUCGUACAAUAAAUAUAAUAAUAAGCUUGGCGAUUUAUUCAGUAGUUGCGGGUACCAGGUUUCUAUGUACCGUGAUUCGCAUGAGGGCGAGUUGCGGAAUAAGCCAGACUUUACGGGCACAGAUAUUCAUGCGAUCAUCCACAAAAAAAUUUUCAACGUUUCCUCAAUUGACCUUUUGAAACAGUGGAUGACUAAAAAGAACAAAGCAAGCAGCGUAGCUUCUAUUGAUGCAGAUAACAUGAGUCUCCUCGACAUACUUCAGUUCCUCUAUGACUGCCUUGAAAACUACUACUGCGUUUCCCACCUGCGCCACAUCGAGAGGCCUAAAUCGCCGUCGUCUGUUUACCAAAUGCUUUGUUGGUUGACUGGACUUCCGCACAAUCGCGUGUUUCCAACUGUAUCAGUCAGCGACAUUGGUGACCUGUUUGAGAAGCCGGAUGAGGCAUCCGGUGACAGCAACCCAGACGGCCCACUUGUUCUACAGACAGAUCCUGACACUUUGCCAGCUUACCCAGAAAAGAUCGCAGCCUCAACGCUGACAUCCAUUAUUCAUAAGGUUUGUGUCGACGCUGAAGACGUGCUGAUUGGAAUACUCGGCCAUGGCCACGCGGACGGCAUUUAUGCCGUCGACUUCAACACAAACCCCGACGGUUUCGCCUAUCCAACCGCCCCCGGUGCUUGCUUCGAUAUGCUGUGCGACGUGCUGAAUCGGCUUUACCUGCAACUUUUCUUCCUAUACGGGCAGUGCAGCAACGAGGAGCCCUCAGUCAGUUGGCGUGACUGUUGGUACGGAAACCAAGUAGGCGGGUCAGCAUGGAACUGCAAUGCUAUGCAAUGUCCUAACCAAAAGGGCAACCAAAUACACAAGCAAAGGUGUAACCAAAAGUGUGACCAAACAGCUCAGUGCGGUAUAAAAUCGCCGCUUCAGUCCUUUUUAGAGGAUGGUCUCCCCGGCUUUUUACCACACUCCUUCACUAAGCCCGGUUGUAAGCUGACAUGUACGCUCUCCAACCAUAGAGGUAUCCCUUGUAGAACGCCAAUGGGCUUCAACGACAUCAGUGUCACUGCUUCUCACAGGCAGAGGGGAGAGUAUCUCAAGAAAGCUCUUGAGGGCUUUUGUGGUAGUGAUUCCGCUCCACUAACUAAGCUUUGCGCUCAGCUGACGUGCCUUUUGCAGAAACCUCCGCAGACGCUGGGAGACAUCUUUGCGUUUUACUAUGGUUACCUCGGAGGAUGGGCAGCUGAUUUCUAUGGAAACUUCGGAAAAUCGAAUCCGCAUACACAAGCCGCAUUUAAGCAGGCUGUCAACGAUGCGUACUUCGGAGAACAAUAUGGACAUCUCGAUCCGACCUCGUUGGUUAGCAGCAGUAAACACGGCGAUGAACAUUCGAAAGGUAAUUUAUGCAGCAUCGCAAAUUGCGAGUCUGGCUCAGUUGCGCCAUGUGGUCUCUAUGUCAAGUCAAUGACACAGGACAUUACUAGGUAUUACUCUGCCGAACAUAAGGCCAACCAUUUGUCGUGGAUCGUGUACAUCACGGAGACAUUCUGCGAUCUGCUUAAGAAAUUAUAUGAUGACUGUUGCAAGAAAUGUGGACCCGGUGGUAGUAAAUGCCAUGUGAAGAGCUGUGCUGAGCAAUGUGAGAUUAAGUAUUCAGAUGAUAAACAGAAAAUGAAAUUGCUAAAAGAUAAGUCCCAUAAGCUCGAAUGUAAGUCAAUUGUCACUUGCCGUGACACUCACCCUACCCUGUACAGAUACGGUUUUACCUUCGGACAUCCAUGGGGACUUAAUGGCUCUGGUAAUAAUGAAAGGGCUAAAAGGACGUGCAAAGAUUUCUGCGAAGCGUUGAAAAAGAUGCUUGCUGAAGGUUCUGUGCUCAUAACACUACGCGGACGAAUCGACGACUUUUUAUGGGCUACCAGAUUCAAUUUCUCAAUCACCGUAUUGGCCCUCUGGCUCCUCUCUUUAUUGUACCUCACCCACAUCAUGGUCAUACGCCUCGACCUCCUCCACAUCAAAUCGCAUCUACAUAGUCCCUCGAGUCAUAGGAUUGCCGCUCAAUCACUACUCGCUGCUGCACGUGUUAACAAGCUUAACAAAGUGUUUUAUCUGCAACCAUAA